GAUCUCUAGCGAAGACCACGAGCUAUUCUUCUGUGGUAAUUCAUUAAGAGGAACGCGAUCAAUACGUUUAGUUCCAUCCUCAACACAUCAUGUAGGUCACGAUGGAUUUCCAAUUCUUUAGCAGCAACUCGAAGGGCGUCUCCGAGCUCGAGCGGAUGUCUCAGCUCAGUCGCAAAGGCAGUAGCCGCUCUCUGGGUUCGACAAAUCUGAAUCGCUCUCUCUCUAUCCGUUCUAAUAAGGGAGGCCCGGUAGGCUCGCCAACGCCAGCUCGCCGCAAGGGAUUCUCCUUCGCAUCGUUGCGCGGGUCGAUCCAGCCAGAGCUGUCGCGGCGCUUGUACCAGCUGAUCAAGUCGACCAACAACCUGGUGUCGGCGCAUGAAACCGCGGGCCGGGAGCGCGAGACGAUCGCAAAGCAGUUAUCUGAGUGGGGCGAGCAGACGGGAGACGACGCCGUGUCAGAUAUCAGCGACAAAGUUGGUGUCGUGCUAUCCGAACUUGGCGCUCAGGAGGAGACAUAUGCUCACGGCCUCGACGAGGCCCGUGGUAUCCUCAAAUACAUCCGUAACACGGAGAAGAGUGUCCAACCCAGCCGCGAUUCUAAGGCCAAGAUCGCCGACGAGAUCCAGAGACUCAAACUUAAAGAGCCCCAAAGCUCCCGCCUCGUAAUCCUCGAACAAGAGCUGGUUAGAGCCGAGGCUGAGAAUCUGGUCGCAGAGGCCCAACUGACGAAUAUCACUCGUAGCAAGCUGAAGGAAGCCUAUGACGCCGAAUUCGCCGCCGUGAUCGAGCGCGCAGAGAAACAAAUCAUCCUUGCAAAACACGGCCGACGCCUGCUCGAUCUGCUAGAUGAUUCGCCCGUCACGCCUGGCGACGCGAGACAUGCCUACCAGAAUGGCGGCGCUGCCCGACAGGUUCUAAACGAUGCCGAAGACGACCUCAAGAGCUGGGAGAGGAACACCGACAGCUAUGACACGGUUGCGGGAGGCUACGACAUGACGAACGCCGGCCUUACUGUUGACGAUGGUAGUACUGCUACUAGUAUUGGCGGGAGGGAAGAGAGUCAGGCGCCUAUCAUGACUGAUGCCAGCCGCACGUCCGUUGAUGGUGAACAUCUCCAACUAACGAGAGAGGCAGGCGAGGCGCCGUAUGUGAGCCCAACACCGACUUCAACGGAUGAUGAGAAUAUUGAGAGGAGGCUCUAAGUAGUGGUAAGACCAGUAUGUUACUUGCUUGAGCCAACACGAUAAAUUGUCACAACGGGAGGUUUUCUGGAACGGGGGAAGUUCUGUUUAGUUUUAGUAUGACCAUGUGUAUCGUCGUCUCUGCUUUAACGGGUGCAGCAGGUUUAGGUAUUAGGAAAUGGUAAGACUUGGGAUAAUGAGAGGCUUCGAGUUGUUAUGUUAUGUUAUAGCUGUUGGUUUAAUAAAUUGCAAUUUUCCUUAAUGGAAAAUCUCACAUGUCAAGA